UUGAACAGACUGAUAAACUCUUACAAACAGCAAUCCUGGAUGACAAGUUAGAACUAAGGCCAUGCAUUGAGUUGAUGGACGCAACCACAGGGGAAAACUCAACCGUCUUAAAAGUCACUUUGCUUUCAACAGAAGAUAAAAAACAAAACAACCCAACUGUGAUACAGGCAGCCAUCCAACCUCUUGAGGAAAAACAACAACAUGAACAUAAAUUGAAGAGUGUUGCAUCUAUUAAUGGAAGACUCCAGUACACGCCAAACACUGUGGGUAUUCACAAAACGUCUAUCAGUAUCGAUGGCCGUCAACUGUAUGAUGACAGAUUUGUCUUUCACAGCAGAAAACAGGAUGAAGAACUAAUGAGAAAAAUUCUUGUAGGAAUUGAUGGUAAACCUGGAGAAUACAGAGAUGUAUUGUUGUCGACAGUAGAGUUUGAAGAAAAUAGGAGAAACAGAAAAUAUUGCAAAAUAUCGGAAAGUGGUUUACUGACCAACAAAUAUUCACCCAAUUCUGGAGAACUUCCUCCAGACAGUCUGAAAUGUUUCAAAGGUAUUACAGCCAGAUCUCCUCUAUCUGGACUCGGGUGUUCCUUCUGGGUGACGAGACUGGAUUGUAAGGCGCUGCCCUCAGCAGAAUUAAAUAAGGUGGCAGCUCAAGUUGGUCUCUGUCUACAGGAGCAUUGUGAUGACGAGAUCCAGAUUGCACGCAACAAACACUCGUGGUGUGUUAGUGUGGACAGCUGUAAAACCCACCACAGUUUGUGUUUAAAGGUGUACUCAAGUAAAAGGCGCGUGUGUGACCAUCCUUUGACGGUGUUUAAACCAAACACAAAGCUAAACAUCACAUUGGGGCUGUUACUUGAUACCGACAACUCAACUCUCCAUGUUAUCAACGUUACCACCAACUCACUGGUUCACUCGAUACCAAACAUCGAAACAUCACAACCACUGAUGCCAGUGUUUGGUGUAUACGGUCCAAAUAUGUUUCAAGUCCAAAUGAGUGUACCAUCUUCCAUGGAUUUAUCAGUGGAUCCUACUUUGCUAGAGUUACUCUCAGGUUUGGUUCAGACAUAGUUGUCUCCCUUAUUAAGUCGGCCAUGCAGCUACUCAUUCUGAACGGAUAUCUCUGAAUAAAACUAACGUCGUUAACCAGACAAGACUACCAAUAGCAUCAAGUCAUCUUGUCCAACAUAAUAUAAUAAUAAUAAUAAUAAUAAUAAUAAUAAUAAUAAAACAGUUAUGGUGACCCAUAACACAUCUGUCUCAGUGGUUGCGUUGUACAGAAGAAGAGUGAUAUGAUUUACACUGCGGUCAUUUUACUAACAAAACUCUUAACGUGUGAGGGGAGCUCAUUAACGGGGGAAUGUGAAAAUAGGUGUGAGGCAUCUCAGUUAGUGAUGCCUGGAGGGAACUGCUUCCCAGAGCAUCUCUGAUUCGCGACUCUCUGAAUCAUAUUUGCAUAACACCCAAUAGUCCAAAUUAGUUUUUUCACGUUAGGUCUGUUAAGGAUUAUUAAAAGUCAUAUAUAUGUCUGUCAUCCAUCAAAUCUUUCUUCCACCAUUCCAGCCAACUUUCCAGUACGUUUCCUGACCAUGGUUGAAGUAAAGGAUUAUUUUGAUACAGGAAUCCCACUGUCAUCACAUACACUGCUCUUAUUAUCACAAGUAGCCCACUGUCAUCACAUAAGCUGUACUUAUUGUUAUAAGCAACUCAACUCACAAACUGAACUUAGUACCAUAGGAAACCCACUAUCACCAUAUACACUGCACUUACUACCAUAAAUAACCCACUGUCACCACAUAGCUGCAUUACUACUACAUAAAACCCCUUUUUCCCCACAUUAAGUUAUGACGUCGCUUCACAAAAUGGCGUCAUGCGUUAUGCACUUGAAAUCAUUAUGACACAGGUGGGUCAUACUGGUUAUAUUUCCCUGAAUAUCUUAAACUAUAUGGAUAAUAAUCUGGACUUCCUACCAUAAGAGACUCACAGUCACUACAUAACCUGGACUUACUAUUUUAACAAAAAAAAAAAGCGUUUUACACACUACCUGUAGUUACUAUCAUAACAAAUCCAUUGUCACCACACAGCUGCACUUCCUAUCAUAAGAACGCAUUUUCACCAAUAAAGCUGCAGUUAUUAAUAUAAGAAACCCAUUCUUACCACACAAACAACUCGCUAUUAUAAAAAUACCUCGGCACUUACUAUCAUAAGGAACUCAAUGUCGCCACAUAGUAUGUACUUUCUACCAUAUGAAA